CGUUUACACUGUAUUUCCAAACAUCGACACGGCUGAUACUCGAGCGAUAGGUGAUUCCACACGUUCACUUCGCUCAGAGCGCACGCCUCUACAAUUCAAAUAUCGAACAGAUGUCCGUGAAGCUUUUACGUACAUGAUCUGUGUACAGUUGAGAAGAAAAUAUUGUGCAAAGGUGUAAUGAAAUGUGAAUUUAGUGUUGAGUGUUAAAAUAUAGUUUCACUUUUGUUUUUGAUAUUUGUUUCCCGAUGAAGUUUCACGUGUAACUUGUUGACGUUUGGUUCUCUGAAAAUCGAACGCGAUGGAGACUGAAGAACUUACGAAACUUGUGGACGGGAUUUAUAAGAACAUCCUGGAUAAAUUCAAUCCAGGCGCCCGGCAGAUGAUAACAGCUGGCAAAGCCUAUCUCAAAGCGUUACAUGGCGCUGCCGCGGCAUCUCGCCUCUACGUGGACGCAGUCGGCAAGCUGGGCCGGCAAGCGCAACAAGGAACGUGGGGUGGAUGUGCGGAUAUUGGAACCGCUCUCAUGAAAGUCGUCGAAGUUUACCGAGAGAUACAAGAUCAACAAAUGAAUAUCUUAAAAGCAUUCUACGUUGAUUUGUUGGUCCCCUUGGAGACUAAUCUGGAGAAAGACACAAAAGUAGUACAGUCGGAACAAAAACGAUUCCUCCAGCAACACAAAUUGCGCUCGGAGAGUUACAGUAAGGCCGCUGCUACGAUUAAAAAGCAAAGAAAAAAGAAAACCAACGUAACUAAAGUUGGAUCGGCCAUGGACAAAGAGAUGAAGAGCAUGCAAAUACUCGAAGAGGAGAAAACAAAGUUGGAUGCAUUUUGCGAACAAAGCUUGAAAAAUGCAAUGACACAAGAGCGUCGACGCUACGGCUUCGUGCUUGAGCGCCAGUGCUCGCUCGCAAAGCAUUGGCUGGCGUACCACAGCGCGGGCGCGGCGUCCUACAGCACCGGACUGGAAGAGUGGCUAGAGGUCUCCCGUACCAGGGAAUACCUACCUCCCAAUGUUGAAGCUAUGUUCGUUAACAAGAUGAGGCAAGUAUCAUUCUGGGCGGAUGAAGACGUAUAUGCGAGUCCUCGAAACGGCGACGACGAUGAUCGCGCGUCAGUCGGUUCUGCGCUGAGGAAGACGCGCUCUGUGGACGCAUCCUGUCUCGAUGUGCGCUCUAUAGCUGAGCUUGGCUCACCCGCACAAGGGCUAUCUCGCGCUAAGUCAGACUUCAACCUGCAAGCGAGCUCUCAUGGUGAACAAGGUAAGUUAACAAGUCAUAUAUUUUCUAAGAGACAAUUUCGAUACAAGAGGACGCCGCCGCCAGCGCCCGUUGCCCACACCCAGGUUUCCACCACGCCACACUCCCACUCACAUCCACCAACACGCAUGUUCGGUGACACCGUCACUGCUCACCAUGUCAAUAAGGGUCGCUUGGGAAGCAAUUCUCCAGGGCUACCGCCGACUUUACCGGCGCCGUCGCCGGGCGCCCUUAGCUCUUCAGCUAGUGCGACAUUCCAUGCUUCUAGUGGAACUACCUCCGCUACUAAUGCAAUUAAGAGUUCCACAUCUGCCGCCAGCUUUACUACCCAUGCUGUUAUUGAAACAAGAAGCUUUGGGCCGCAAACUCUCCCAAUGCGUUCACAGGUGGCACAAAACAAAGCUGUCCCCACUAAGAGUGCUGUGGCAACAGUCGGAGCUGUGGGUAACGUAUCACUGCAUAGCUCCAAUGAUUCAGGGUUUUCAAAUGAGCCUCCGCCACAACCUGAUGUUGACUACAGCGACGAAGAGGCACAGCGGCUUCGUGUACCAAUCAGUAAAAACCAGCUAACCAACGACAACAAAGCCUAUUUGUUAAAAACACAAAGUCUUAGACGUGGCCCAAAGCCCGCAAAUGCAAACGGGUACUUAACUGAUGAUCAACAAUUGUUACUGCGGAACAUGCUCGACAUGGACAAAGAUUCUCAGAAAGUAAAAAGAACAAAAUCCUUCUGGAAAUUCGGUCGCACAACUUCUGAAGAGAUAAUGGAGGGAAUGUCUCUAUGGCAACAUAGAGAUAUCGUGGAUACAGUACCAGAAUACAAGAAAAAAUUGUUUACAAAAUUAAAGAAAGAAUUACGCCCUGCUCCAGAUAUACCUGAACCCAGAAAACCUACAAACAACGAAAAUAAGACUUCACCCGAAAGUGUUCAAACACGACCACAAGAUAGAACUACAAUUGAUAGAAAAGACGUAAAAGUGACUGGUGGAUUACGACAAGCUAAAAGUCUGGGAUCUAUACAAAAUGAAGAACGUAUCGAAACAAUUAAGAAAGACAACGAAAAUUAUCAGCAAAGCCAGGCAAUAAAUAAAAAGAGCAUGUCCGAGAAAUCAAUAGUCGAAGAAAAACAUGAAGACUUUACACUACGAAAUGAAUCUCGACACUCAGACUUAACUAAUACAAGCACUAUUAAAACAAACUUUGAAAACAGUUUUUAUAACGAUGAAAAUGGUGAUGGCUUUGUAAUGAAAACUGUGAAGCGGAGAGAAAUACUUCAAAGAUACGACAAUGAUAGCAGUUCUGAUGUUAAUUCUGUUGCUUCAAGCACUGAUCCAUACGAUUGUAUUAUUGUUGACGAUCAUAUGACAUCAAAGAAGCAGCAAGAACUUGAUAGACGCAGACAAGGUCGUAUGAUAGACGAAGAAGUUAAAAAGAGCAAAGAGAAUGCUUACAUGCCAGAGUUCGAAGAAAUAGAAAUAAAUCCCAUUAAACAACAUGUUCGUGGCACAGCAACUAAUGAGAAAACCAAAAAAUCGUCCAUAGAGCGUUCUCAGCAAGUUAUGGAAUUCAAAACGUUCAAAGAUAAUUCAAAGGAAAUUAAAACAUUCUCUGCUUCAUCCGAAACAUUGAAAUACAAAGACAAUGAACCAAUCGCUGAUAGAUAUGGCAUUCCCAUAGAGCGCAAUAAUAAUGAGCCGUAUAAUGGUUAUGAUGAUGGAACUCUAAAAUACAAAAAAGGUAGAGAAAGCAAGGAAGAAAAGAAUCGUCAAUCUAAUGGCUUCGAAAAUGGAAAGAAGAUUAAAGAAUAUCCACAAAACGAAAAUCGUCAGCUAAAGAAAGAGCAGCGACCAAAUGAAAAUCGAGAACCGAGAAUUGAUUAUUCUUUGGACAGACGUCAAAUUAGAAAGGAUUUCAGUGAUACCAAAAACAGAGAUGCUAGAUUAAGAAACAGAUCUAACAGGAGUUACGAUGACAGUACUUUACCAUAUAACGGACGAAAGGAAGAAAGGUACUACGAUGCUAAUAUUUCGUACUUCAGCGACCAAGAACGACGUGCAUCGCGAUACGAUUACGAAACUGAUUCCAAAAAAGCUGAAAAAUCUAAAAUAAGGCAGGAAGAAGCCAGGCUUGAGGCGAGGCGUUUUAUGGACCGUCGAAGUGAAGGCCCCUACAGUGAGUCCGAUGACCAAAAGUUCAAUGAAGCCUUAAAACAACAGCGACCCCAAUUACUUCCACGCACAAAACUGCUCAAAAGAAGUGUAGAUGGCAGUGAAUUACCGGAAGAAGGUCACACAUUCGGGCCAUGGUACGACUUAUGGGGUCGAGAAUCAGCCAUGUAUAAGUAGCCUUAGACUUUUUUGUAUUCUAGUUUUAGUUGCAUUUUACGAUGUAUGUAUAGUUUUGUCCAUUUUUUUAAUUUUGAUCAUUUUUUAUUGUUUUCUUGUUGUUAAUCAAUCUUUACUUUAAUUUAUUUAGUAUCAACAUGUAGAUCGUUUUUUAUAAAUGUAACAUUUUUUUUUAUUUAACAGUUUGGUUCAGAAAACUAGAGCUAGGGGAUUUGUUAUUAUUUCCUUAAUAAUCUAUGAAAUUAUGGGUUGCGGUAAUAAUCAUUCUGUUUUCUUUUUCGUUACUUCUAGGGUUGUGAACCCUGCCUUUAGGCGCUAAUAUUCGAUACCAUAAAUUCUGUAGUCAUUUAUCUCUUUUAUCCUGGAUUUUGUUAAAUUUUAUGGCAAAUUUUAUUAACAUCUAAUUUACGUGUUUACUUACUAAGUCGUUGCAUUAAGUACCUGUUAUUGGACCAAGAUAUUUUAUUUAUUUAGAAAAAAAAUUACAAACAAUUUGUGAAAAUAUUACCCAUUCCUUACCUACAUAUCAGAUAAUUGGAAAUUAUCCAUUUUUAUUUAAAUGAUGAAACCCGUUAAUUUGUAGUACAAAUUGCAAUCUAAUCAGAGGUUGAAAUGAUUUUAAAUAACGAAUUAACUAAUAAAAAGUUUGUAUGCGUUUUUCUACACAGGCCACAACAAUUCGCGACGGUGAAACUAAGAAAGGCAUUAACAAAUGACCGGUCGUCGCCUGCCAUUGAUUAAUAUUAUACUUAAAUAUUUUGUUAUAUGUAUGUACUAAAAUGUAAAUUAGAAACACCAUGUAUUUUGUACAGUUAUUCAUAGUUUAAGAAAGAAUAUAUCACAAUUUUUUACAAUAA